AUGAUGUUCAAAGAUAGAUCAGUUGGUAUAAGUGGUGAUGAGGGUAUCAUCAAUGUGGAUCAUAUCAACAAGAAACAAUCGAGAUUCAAUAGAAGAAUGUUGUUGGCUAAAUGGGCAAAGGCUAAUAGUGCCGACCAUGGUGAAUCACUAAAUUUUGAAUCCUUUACUUUAUGGUUGUUCAAAAAUGAUGCAAACAAAAUUCAAUUGGCAAAUGAUGGAGUUAGAGACUGGAGAAAUCUCAGUGCUAGACUUAAAAGUCAUGAAACAAGUAGUGAACACAUUGUUAACAUGAAGAGUUGGAUUGAAUUAGAGAUCAGAUUACGACAAAAUGCGACAAUCGAUAAAAGUGUUGAAGAACAAAUCAACAAAGAACGAGAACAUUGGAGAAAAGUACUAUUGAGAGUAGUUGCUGUUGUGAAAACACUUGCUAAAAAUAGUUUGGCAUUUCGUGGAGAUAAUGAGAAGCUUUAUGAAGAAAAUAAUGGAAAUUUUUUAAGUAUAAUAGAAAUGAUUGCCGAAUUUGAUCCAAUAAUGAAAGAGCAUGUUCGUCGAGUUCAGGAGAAAGAAAUUCAUUAUCAUUAUCUUAGUCACAAAAUUCAAAAUGAAUUUAUUCUUCGAAUAGCAGAUGAGAUCAAAAGUUUAAUCAUCCAAAAGAUUAAAGAAGCAAAGUACUUUUCUGUUAUUCUUGAUUGUACUCCGGAUGCAAGCCAUGAAGAGCAAAUGUCACUUAUAUUAAGAUGCGUGAAUAUUUCAACAAGCCCAAUAAAGAAUGAGGAGUUCUUUUUAGGAUUUUUAAAGGUGGAUGAUACAUCAGGACGAGGACUUUUUGAAGAACUUGUAAAUAUUUUGCAAGAGCUUAAACUUGAUAUUGGUGAUGUAAGAGGACAAGGGUAUGAUAAUGGUUCUAAUAUGAAAGGAAAACAUAAAGGUGUACAAAGAAGAUUAUUAGAGAUAAAUCCUAGAGCAUUCUACACACCUUGUGGUUGUCAUAGUCUUAACCUUGCACUUUGUGAUAUGGUAAACUCUUGUUCGCAAGCUUCAUCUUUUUUUGGAGUGGUGCAGCGCAUAUAUUCAUUGUUUGCAUCUUCUACAAAGCGGUGGAAAGUUCUUACAGAUAAUGUUAAAGGUUUCACACUUAAGCCACCAUCACAAACUCGUUGGGAAGGUCAAGUUGAAAGUGUUAAAGCAAUAAGAUUCCAAGCUCCAGAUAUAAGAGAUGCUUUGAUUUACUUAGCAAGUUCUAGUGAAGAUCCCAAGACAAAAAGUGAUGCUGAGUGCUUAGCAGCAUAUGAAAUUGAGAAUUUUGAGUUCUUACUUGGUAUGGUUAUUUGGUUUGAUAUUUUGAAUGCUAUUAACAAAAUAAGUAAAAUCAUGCAAUCAGAGGAUAUGCAGAUUGAUGUUGCUAUAGACCUUUUAAGAGGGCUCAUUUCUUUUUUUGAAAGCUACAGAGAAAAUGGAUUUGAAGCAGCUAUGGUUGAGGCUAAAGAAAUUGCAGUUAGAAUGAAAGUUGAACCCAUUUUUCGUGAACGUCGCAUCAUUCGUAGAAAGAAACAUUUUGAUGAAAAUGCUAGUAAAGAGAUGGCAAUGACAGCUGAAGAAUCCUUUAGAGUCAAUUACUUCAUAUAUAUCGUUGAUCAAGCUCUUUCUUCACUCAAGAGUAGAUUUGAACAGUUUCAACAGUAUGAUGAAUCUUUUGGUUUCUUGUUUAAUUUGGAGAGGUUGAAGUCUGCAGAUAAUGAUAGUUUGAAGUGUUCAUGUCUUAACCUUGAAGAUCUCCUAAAGCAUGACAAAAAUUUUGAUAUUAAUGGGAUAGAAUUAUUUUCAGAACUCCAAAUCUUAAGAGAAGCAUUACCAAGAGGAACAAAAAAAGCAAUUGAAGUAUUGAAUUUUAUGGAAAGGCUAAAUUGUUGUUUUCCAAAUGCUUGGAUUGCUUAUAGAGUAUUAUUGACAAUACCAGUUACAGUUGCAUCGGCUGAGAGAAGCUUUUCAAAGUUGAAGCUCAUCAAAUCUUAUCUACGGUCAACAAUGUCACAAGAGAGAUUGAAUGGAUUGGCUAUGAUAUCUAUCGAAAAAAAUUUAUUGGAGAAGCUUGAUUGGAACAUUUUAAUUGAUAAUUUUGCAGCUCAAAAUGCAAGGCGAUCCCAUUUAAUGUAG